GAAAACGGGAAUUAAGUCACCAUUAUAAGUGGUGACAGCAGGACGGCCUCAGUCUGUCUCUUGGCAUCAUGGUGGGAGGUGUUACUGCUGCGUCGCUGCUACUUGCUUCCCUGGCAGCAGGAGUGUUGGGUGGGACGUACCCCAGGGCCGGCCCUCAGGAUGUCCGGAUAGUGGGCGGUGACGUCGCCCAACAAGGACAGUUUCCCUCCAUAGUGGCCAUCUAUCACCGAACUUUGUUUGGGUCUUCGUUUUUGUGUGGGGGGACUAUUCUGAACGAGAACCAUGUCCUCACGGCUGCGCAGUGCGUCAAGGGGUACUCUGAGACAUCAUUUGACAUCGUGGCGGGGGAGCAGAACCUGGACGAAGACUCGGGGUUGGAACAGACGAGGAGGAGCGAGAGCUUCGUGACGGGUCACUUCACCACUACCACGGGCGCUAACGACAUCGCUAUCAUCAGGACGGAUAGCAACUUUGACUUUGUUGAGGGACUGGUGGAGGCGGUAGCCCUGCCCACAGACUACCAGGAGCCCGUUGAUGGCGCCCUCUGCACCGCUGUAGGCUGGGGCUACACAUCGCAGUCGGCGGGAGAUAUAAGCAGUGAGCUGAGAUUCGUGGACCUUCCCUUCCUGACGGACUCUGAAUGUCAGGACGUUUAUGGCGAGGACGCCAUCCUCCUCGAUAUGCUGUGUGCUGGCUACCUCGGGGGUGAGGGAGUCUGUCGGGGUGACGGUGGGGGGCCGCUGUUCUGUGACGGGGUGCAGCAGGGGAUAAGCUCGUGGGGGGAGAACUGUGACGCCGAGCCAGCAGUCUUCACCCAAGUCUCCCACUACCUCGAUUGGAUCAAGCUUAAUAUAGACCUCUGAAUCCCCCCGCUGCCACCAUUAUAACAAGGACAAGCAACAACACUGGCAGGGAUGUGAACAAGAACAACAACCCUUAUUAUAGACCUCUGAAUCCCCCCGCUGCCACCAUUAUAACAAGGACAAGCAAUAAUACUGGUAGAUAUGUGAACAACAACAACCCUUAUUAUAGAUUUCUGAAUCCCCCCCCCCGCUGCCACCAUUAUAACAAGGACAAGCAACAACACUGGCAGAGAUCUAAACAACAACAACCCUUAUUAUAGACCUCUGAAUCCCCCCCGCUGCCACCAUUAUAACAAGGACAAGCAACAACACUGGCAGGGAUGUGAACAACAACAACAACCCUUAUUAUAGACCUCUGAAUCCCCCCGCUGCCACCAUUAUAACAAGGACAAGCAACAACACUGGCAGAGAUCUAAACAACAACAACCGUGUCAUUAGCGACUACAACGGUGACUUGUAAUGAAGGACCUUUAAUAAAUUAAAAAAAAUAAACAAUAAA